UGUACAUGCAGCCUAUUUGUCCAUCUCUCCUUCGGCUCCAGAACAACAGCAUGAUGCCUGUGUGUUUACUUGACAAACUUUCUGGGAGAAGGCCCCCAACAAUUAUUAACUGGUUCUGAUCUGGACUAAGCUCUCAGAUUUACUGUGUCGUGGGAUGAUUUCAUUCCUGACAAAAUGAACAUCAGAUAUCUUGGAUUAGUUCUGAUUUGGUUUCCAGGAGUGCUUCAUGCACAAAGCGCUGCACAGUCCUGUAGUGCUCCUAAACUGGAUGGUGGUUUCUUUGCCCCAAAGCAAGAGACUUAUUCUCAUGGAACGGAGCUCAGUUAUACCUGUGAUACUGGUCGUAAACCUGUGGUGAAGGGAUGGUGGGCAACAAGCACAUGUCAAACUGGAAAAUGGUCUCAUACACCACAGUGUAUAGACGAAGCAGCGUGCCUUCCACCGGAGAUGCCAAAUGCAAAAUACACAGAAAACCAAAAUGGUUGGUAUGAGGACGGACACAUGAUUAGGAUAACAUGUGAAAAAGGAUAUGAACCCAAAGACCAGGAUGUCACAGCCAUAUGUAGAAGUGGAACGUGGUCCUCUGUGUCGGUCUGUGAGAGAAGUAUCCAGGUUUGCGGUGAGCCUCCUAAAAUCCCCCAUGCAGUCAUCAUUGAUCAGGAAUACCAGGAGGUGUUUGCUGUAGAUUCAGAAGUGCAGUAUGAAUGUGAAGAUGGAUAUACUGUAGAGGGAGCAGACAGCAAAAAAUCCAUCCUUUGCAUAGCUGGAAACUGGACUGAAGGACCACCGUGCACUACCUUCUGUUCUGUGGAUACAAAUGAAUAUCCAGCCUUAGAACCUGCUGGAGUAAAAAUUCUAAAAAAUGGUGAGAGUGAGACAUUCAAAUGUAAGGAUCUCUGGAUGUUUAAUAAUUAUUCUGUGGGCCGCUGUGCUGAUGGAAGAAUGACGUUUACCAGAUGUUGUAACAAGUUUCAGCUAAAGAUGAAUACUUGCUAAGACUGUAUCACCAAGGGGAAGAUACUGCUGCCUUUGGAUAUGCUCACCACCGACUGAAAACAAAUGCCAGACUGGAAACUUUUGAGAAACAACAAAGCUAUAUUAACAUAGGCUGCGAAUGCUUGCAGCAUUCACACCCAAUCAUGCUAUCACGCACGUGAUGGGUUUUUCAAAAACCAUAUUGAUCCAUGGAUGGCUACAUAAUGUAGGAGCAAACUGUCGGUCUGUAUGCUCAAAGCUGCAAAACUAUCUUGCUUGUAAGACUUACCUGAAUAAAGUAUUCAACUGGAAUUUCAACACUAA